AUCAACCAAAACAAAUAAACAGGAGAGUCCAUCUUCCCCCGUUCGGCAGGUUUUGUUGCCAUGUUACUUUCCAGCUCAAUUCCUUUUCUUUUUUCUUUUGUGUAUUUUUAAUGGUUUCUUUGAGAAGAUUUUCCUUUCCUCAUCUGGGUCUUUUUCAGUUUCCUUUACUACUUCAUUUGCCUAAAAGUAAAACCCAAAAAGAAAAUGUGGGUCAUACUUGAAAGGUGAAACCCUGGAAGAACAUGGAAUCAAUAUUCCACAAUGGUCUUACAACACCAUUUUUCCAUCCCCCACUGCUUUUGCUUCACCAGUUUUGGCCUUUUGGGUUCUUUGCUUUGUGGUUAUCGCUUUCUUAAUUAAAUAAUAAUAAUAAUAAUAAUAAUAAUAAUAAUAAUAAAUCCCCUUGAUUAGUGUCUAGAACAGUUAAUGAAAGAAAGGAAAAAAGUGCUAUUGGGUAUCUAGAAUGGUUGUUUGCUUUACAAGCACAGAGCUGUCUUGGAGUUUCUAAGUUCAGGGCUAAUGGAUGAUUAAGCCUUUUUUACUUUAUUGAGAAUCAGCUGCUGCUUCUCAUCUUUGCUUGUUUGUUGAAUUGGAUUGGGGUGGUUCAUCUUUGUUUCUUGGAUCCAUUUCUUUGAGAUUUGUAGUGAAGCAGAAAUUGGAUAGUUUGGAGGCUUAUCAACCAUUUUGAGGCCAAAAAUAGUAACGGGGUGUGGCCGUUAUUGAUGUGUUAUACUUAAUUUUUAGCAGAUGAUGGACAACGCAUUUGUUCGUGGUCCGGAAGAUGACAGGGGAAAAGAAGAUUCACUGCAAAUUUUGGAGGAUAAGAAGGAUACAUUGGGAGACUAUGGAAUGAAUUGUUCUGAACUAAAAUCAAAACAGCUGGGGAGUCCAAUAAAUCCACAGCAUGCUCUGAUAUUAAAUGUUAGAAGAAUACAAGCCGGAAAAAGUCUUAUAAAUGAUGCAUUGCUUCGAGCUGUUUUUGGCAUUGGGAAUAAGAUUCCGAGGCAUGUGGUUGCUCUAGAUGAGAAAUACCUUCGUUAUUGCCUCGAGUUGAUUCAUGUCAAUGCAGCAAAAGCAGCUCAAUGCAGUAUCUCUGUGAACUUGAGCUCCACAAAAACGAGCAUUUUAUCCAAUGGACAGAAUCCAGCUAAAAUCCGUGAUGAAAAUACAGGUGACUUGGGCAGGUUUAUUUUCAAAUGUCCAUCGGAAGUCAGGACUGAUAGUUUAUUCCUUGAUUCUGCAGAACCAUGGGUUGUAGGUUCAAUAAUGGGCAGCAGGAGCAUGGCAAAUAUAUUGAAGAGCCCAUUGUUAGAGAAAUCGGGUACAUUCAAUGUCAAUCCAAGUUUGAAUGAUGUUAAAAGAUUGGUAAGUUAUGACUUAAUGAGCUCUCCGAGUGGUUUCAGUAGUUAUUCCUCAUAUAAGCUAGAUAGUGAAACAUACAUAUUGGAUGACUGUAAAUAUGGAUCCAAGACCAUGCAUAAAAGGCCUGUUUCCAUGUCAAGUACAAACUCUACAUGCUCGGAUCAGUCCUUUUCUUUAACUUCUACAACAUUUUCUCAAGGAAUGCUUCAGUGCACGUGGAAUGGUGGGAUUCCGUACUUUGUUUUCUUGCUGGAUAAUCAAAGGGAGGUGUAUGUAGCCAAUUUGGCAAAGGACGGAGCUGCUCAAAAUAAGGGUCUGGACUAUAUGUACUUGUUCCAUUCCAGCAAGAGUAGCCAUAAGGAACAUGGGAUUAGCGAUCACGAAUUUGUUGGUAAGAUGACAGCGUCAACUUCUUUCUCAAUCUGUCCCCAAGAUUCUAAAAUCAUGGAGACGGAGUUUGUUUUGUUCGGUGGUAAUAAAACUUCUAUUCGAGAGAUGCAAACUUCAAGCAAUAAUCACAGGAAAAAUAAGGGCCUAUCGGAAAAGGUGGUGGAAGCAUUCAAGAGUAGUCAUUUGUCCAAGCAGAGCACAUUGUCUAGAUUUCGUCGGUCAAGUUCCAUAAUGGAAGAUUCUUCUUGGGAUCCAUGUCGAGAUUCAGUGAACAAUUCUGAUUCACUAGAUGGGAUGAACCUUUUCAAGGAACAACUUCCAAGAAAUUUGGAAUUGACUGCCAUCGUUGUGAGGGACCGUUUCCCUGAGAAUCCUCGACCAGAAGUUGGAGGUUGGGGCUUAAAAUUUCUCAGGAAACCAGUGGCAAUGCAAAACAUUGACCCUUUGAAAGCGACGGUUCAUUCCUUUUGUUCUUGCAAUAAUGGUGUUUGCUCAACGAGUAUGGAUGUACUAAUUCCAGCAGGUAUUCAUGGUGGCCCAAGAACCAGAAAUGGUGGGCCCUCUAGUCUUAUUGAAAGAUGGAGAUCUGGUGGACAUUGUGAGUGUGGUGGCUGGGACUUAGGCUGUCCUCUGACCGUACUCAAAUCCGGGCCAAGUAAAGGAGGUUCACCUGCAACAGAUAUGCCCGAGGAUUGCAAGUUAUUCGAAUUUUCCAUUCAGGGUCCUGAGCACGGUUCUCCGACCUUGAGGAUGACAAAUGUUGAUGACGGGCUGUAUUUGAUUCAUUUUCAAUCAGCACUCUCAGCUCUGCAGUCCUUGGCGAUUGCGGUGGCCUACAUUCAUACUCAAAGUCCCACUUUCCAACCCAAAAAUGUACAACAGUCGAGGUAGUGAGAAUGGAGAGUUGCAACCCUCUCACUGCACCAUAGUGUGCAAAUUUAUACGGUAAUUCCAGCAGCGUAUCAGUAGGAAACAUAGCUGUUGUCAUUUUUAUGUUUAGUGUGACUAUUUUCAGAUGGUAAUUGUAUCCUUAAUUUCUCAUAACAAAAGAUAUAUAGUAGAACAGGUUAUAGAUGGAGUGAAUUUUAUAUACUCCAAAGCUCAUUUGUAUGAACUAGAAAAUGAAAUUGACAGAAUUGAUGACUCGUUAGUAAUUCUUCAUUUUAAAGAGA